AUGAGUGUAUUGUUUGCUGCACAAUAUGCGUACGUUGGAGCAGCCACACUGGCAAAUGUGAGGAGUGAGUGGGGUGUGGAAGUGGUUGCUGCGCCGGGAUCAGAAGUCGAUCCUGGCUUGUUGCAGCUGAAGAGGAUGGUGGCUGGCAACAGUAUCGCAGAAGGUACGGAUAGGAGGAUCAAGGAUAUGCCGGGAGUGAGAAAGCUUGGCAAUCGACUGGGCACAGGGAGAGCGAACGCCGACUGGAAUUACCGAAGAGGAAUCAGCAGUCGACUCGUCCACGAUGAUGAGUUCGGGGACUUGCAAAUGGAAAUGCCAGAAGUUGACUCGCAACCUUAUGCCGGAGCAAGUCAAUCGACAGCUGAGGGAGAUGGUGAAGCCACCGAAGCAGGAAUGACUACUUCUUUCUCCGCGCAGACAACACAUCCCAGCGAGAUAGAGGCAAACACCGUCGAGGGUGCAUCCGCCUCCUUCGUCCGAGCCGUAGCAGGAGCCCUGUACCUCCACGCAGGAGCCUCAGCAACAAAGUCCUUCCACAGCGAUCACAUCCUCAGCCGCCACCUCCAGCUGGACAAGAUGUUCAAAUUCACACACCCCACCCGCGACCUCUCCCGCCUAUGCGCAAGGGAAAAGUUCGAGCCGCCGGUCGCACGUCUGAUCAGCGAGACGGGUCGUCUAAGCAGGACGCCCGUGUUUGUCGUUGGCGUAUAUUCUGGCGAGAAUCUGCUUGGCGAGGCUGCUGGUGCGAGUCUGAACGAGGCCAGAGUGCGAGCGGCAGCGGCAGCGCUGAAAGGGUGGUACCUGUAUACGCCGCCGCAGAACGAGGUCAUGUUGCCUUCGGAUGCUGAGAGCAAGGGCGGGAAGGGCUGGAAGCCGCAGAUGAUUGACAUCGGCGAGAUCGUUACUUGA